AUGAGCACGCCGCCGACCCAGAGCUAUGGAUCUUACGCUUCAAACUCCUCCUCCGGGCAGCUGCCGGUCAUGCUUGGGCGAAAGCCACAGGAUGUGAAGCUCGAGCCAAAAGGUGGCGAGGAGAAGAGGGGUCGCGAAGACGUUCGCCGGAUGAGCACCAAGAAGCGCGGUCUGGACUCAAAGCCGACGUUGAACUUCAAGACGGCAGCAGAAGAGCUUGUCUUCGGGCAGGUCUACAUAGCUUUGCAUCUCACCCGUGGAAUCGACCAUGCGAAUGUUCGGACGAAGGAUAGCUUCUACAUCGUGGGAAAUCGGAACCAUAUACUCUCCUUGAAUGCCGUGUGGUUGGACAGGGAACAGCUCGCCACUCUCUGCAAGGACGUGAAGCGGUUGGGAGCCAAACUGCAUCUUUUCGAAGCUGAACCGUACGCUUUGUGCAAGAAAGACGCUCAGCUGGACUCAGUGUUUUUUUGUAAUGGUUUGUUGGGGUGUAGGGUUCAAGAUUCUUAG